GAAAAGAAAUAAACGAAAAGUUUCAGGUUACUUGUACUUUUUAAUAAAGAAAAAAUUUUUAAUGUGUAACAAUUUGAACCUGCAUAAUCAAGUUAUCUAACAGGUAUGUUAUUCUAAUAUAUAUUCUGUCUAAUUUACCCCCGCUGCCCCCGCCAAAUUUUACCCAAUCUAGAAAAGUAAUCAGUUAUUGUCGUUUUAUUAAGUCUAUUAAUUCUGCAAAUAGCCCCAAUUUUUAUUCCUGUAAAAAGAAGAAUUGCGGACAAUACAAUAAUCGCAUUGAUUUUCCAUAAAAAAAAAAAAAGUCAUUGUGACUAACAAGUAAACAGUAAACAAAAUGCACCAAAAUUUAAAAAAAAACAAAUCCCUUCUUUUUAUCAUUAGCUAUGACAGACGCUGAAGUUAGUCAAGCACAAAUUGAAACUAUAGACGCCAUAAAUGAACCAAAAAUUUCUGAACCACGAAAGCUGACUUUAUCAGCAUUAAAAUGUAAAAAAUGCAGACAAACGAUAGUAUCAACUAAAGAUUUCGUUAAUCAUGAUCAAGGAAAAGGGCAAACAGCAUUUGCAUAUAAAAAACGUGACUCAUCAUUUUCACAAAUUGUAUGCUCUUCAUAUUUCAUUGAACCAAUGGAUUGGAUAUUUGACAGAGUACAAGAAGGUGAAUUGGAAGGAAAAAUAAAAUGUCCAACGUGUCAAGUUAAAUUAGGCAAUUUCAGUUGGGCUGGAAUGCAAUGUUCUUGUGGUUCAUGGAUAACACCUUCAUUUGCUAUUCAUCGUGAAAAGGUUGAUGAAGUUUUAACAUGAAAGAAUUUCAGAUAUUUAAUUUCAUUUAUUUUAGCUUAAUUCAUUAUUAUUUACCUAAAAAUCUAAUUAUAUGAGAUCGAAAAAAUUAAUAAUAAUAGCGCGAAUUAAAGUUCAACGACAUGUAAUUACUGUUAUCAUGUACUGUUAGUCUGUUACAUACACCAUAAUACUACGAAAACUCUGUUUUUUUAUUAAUUUAAUAUUAAUGGUCGUUACCUUCAAUGGUGUGAUUUAAAACUUAAUCAACCAUCACAAUUGAUCGCAAAAUUUCAUCUAUCAUUUAAUUUGAUGAUCAUAAAUAAAUAUCUUGAUGUUUAACAAUUUAA